AUGGCGGCGCUUGCUUCUUCCUCUCCUCCCUUUCCCCCUUCCUUCUUUCUGCCUCGCCUGUGCGACUUCGUCCCGUCUGAUGGAGAUCCGAGCUCGUGUGGUCCUGUAGUCGUUUGUUCUCUCUGCACUGCCCAACGCCGGCUGCAGGCGGCAGGCCGUGCAUUUCUUGAACGGUUUGAGCUCGCUUCCUCAAAAAAUGACUCGGAUGCCUCGUCCCCAGGACGGGGAACAGAUAAAAAGGGGAAACGUGGGGACGAGAGCGACGACAACUUCUCCGCCGUGGACGAGGAACGGUGGAAGAGCAAACGCAAGGGAAAAACAACAGGGACAGGCGGCGGAGGCUCCUUCGCGAGCGGCACGCGCCUGAAGCGUCUGCUGGGCGAAGACCGGACGUUGUACGAUAUCUUGGGCGUCAGCGAAGGCGCCACGGGCGACGAGAUCAAGAAACAGUACCGGCGCUUGGUCCUGGAACACCACCCCGACAAGGCGAAGCGGCGCAGUGCAGGAACUGAGGAAACUGCGACUGAGCCGCCGGCGCCGAACGGCGUUUCCGAGAAGCGGGAAGACGCCCGGGAGGGGCUCGACGGGGCUGCCGACUCAGGACACGCGUUCUUCCUAAAAAUCCAGGAGGCGUACGAGGCGCUCACAGGUCCGUUCUCAGACGCUAAAGUUGGCGGGGGGUGGUCGGUGCGGCGCCCGGUGCCGUCGCUGGGCGACGCGCAGACGCCGAUGAGCCGCGUCAAGAGUUUCUACGACUUCUGGUUCGAUUUCCAGUCCUGGAGGGACUUCGGAGUUCACGACGAAUACGACCUCAACGAGGCCGAGUGCCGCGAAGAACGAAGGUGGAUGGAGAGAGAAAACCUUAAAAUUCGGAAGAAACACGCGAAGGCAGAACGCUCGCGAAUCCAGAAACUUGUUGAAACGGCGUACUCGGUGGACCCUCGGAUUUUGAUGGAGAAGGAGAGUGCAAAGAAGAAGAAAGAGGAGGAGAAGGCGGCGAGGCAGCGUGCAGCGGAGGAGCAGAGACGCCAGAAGGAAGAGGAGGAACUGAGGAAAAAACAAGAAGACGAAGAGCGCGAGAGACGGGAGAACGAGGCACGGAGUCGGGAGUUGCAGGAGCAACGACGCCUGCGCGAGUGCCACAAGAAGUGGCGUCAACGAACGAGGCAAUUCUAUAAUUUGUUCUGUCGAGAAACGCAUCCAGAAUUUCUUGAUUCGCUCCAGCUUCAAGAUCUUUGUCAAAAGCUGGAGCUCCAUCAGCUUCGCGAUAUGUGCGACGAGAUCCACAAGGUUGCAUGCAUCGAGGCGUCACAGGUAGACGAGUCAGGAGGUCCCGCGCCGCUCCCAGAAGGCCUCGGCGAGGCAACCCCAGAGACAUGCCAAAAGGUGGGCGACAUUUUUGCACGCCGCAUUCACGAGAUGAAGGAGGCUGACAGGAUCAAGGAAGAAGAACAAAUGAAGGCGAAUGCCCGACGGCAGGCGGAGAGGAAGGCCCAAGAGGAGGCCAAACGGCUUGCUCGCCAGAGUUCUUGGACGCCUGAUGAACUGUCACUUCUUGCGAAGGGACUGCAAAAAUUCCCCGGAGGGACUGCGAGACGCUGGAAGCUAAUCGCGGAUCUGAUCGGCACAAAAACGCAGGAAGAAGUCGUGGAGAAGACCAAGGAGAUGUCAGAAGGCGCAAGCUUAAAGGCCAUGGGGUCGAAAAUCAGUCAGGUGGCCUUCGAUCAGUUCAGGGUUCACAAUCAAGGCGCGUUCAAAAAAAUUGAUGCAGAUCCAGAUCAAAAGGAUUUAGGCGAGGCGCGCCCCAGGACAGCGGGAAGUCCUGCGAAAGACCGACCAGAAACCGCUGAAUCGACAGACUGGACUCCUGCUCAACAGCUGGCGCUAGAAAAAGCACUGGCGAAGCACCCUGCGACGAUGCCCGCGAAUGAACGAUGGACUGCAAUUGCAGCUGACGUGCCCGGGAAGACCAAAAAAGAGUGUGUAGAGCGCUUUAGACAGAUUAGAGCGGCGAUCUUGGCAAAGAAGUCGGGAUGA